GUACAACUUAACCUCGUGUUAUGUUUUCGUGAGAGGAUAUUAUCAAUUCUAACAUAAUGGGCAAGAAGGGAAAGGCAGGAGAUGGCAAUUUAGGGAAAGCUUUAAUCAGAGAUCGUUUUGGUCAGUCGAAAAGAAAAAAAUGUGUUAAUACGCCUAUGAUUCAUAGCGUCGAAUUAAAUGACGGAUACGACUGGGGACGUCUCAAUCUUCAAUCAGUCACGGAAGAAAGUUCGUUCCAAGAAUUUCUUUCGACCGCGGAGUUGGCGGGAACAGAGUUCCAAGCAGAGAAACUGAACGUUAAGUUCGUCAAUCCGAAGAGCGGAAUAGGAUUACUUUCGAAAGAUGAGAAACGAAAGGUCGUGGAGUCGCAAAUAAAGAAUAAAGCACUACUUAAGAUACCAAGGAGGCCUAAAUGGGACAGCACCACAACGGCUUAUGAAUUACAAGCUAAAGAGAGAGAAGAGUUUUUGGAUUGGAGACGUUCACUCGCUCAGCUGCAAGAAGAUGAAGAAUUAAUGUUGACGCCUUACGAAAAAAACUUGGAAUUCUGGCGGCAACUGUGGAGAGUAGUGGAACGCAGCGACGUUGUUGUACAAAUCGUCGACGCACGGAAUCCUUUGCUGUUCCGUUGCGAGGAUUUGGAGAGUUACGUUAAAGAAGUAGAUCCUAAGAAGAUGAAUGUGAUAUUAAUUAAUAAAGCAGAUUUCUUAACGGAUGAUCAACGCCAAGCGUGGACAAAAUAUUUUACGGAUAUCGAUGUAAGAAUCGCCUUCUUUUCUGCUACGUUAGCGUCCGAGAAACAAAAGAUCGACGAGUCGGUGAAAGAAGAAAGUUCCGAAAACGAGCAAGACAGCGAAACAGAGGACGAGAACGACGAUAACGAAUCAUCGUAUAACUCGGAAUUUGCCUCGGAUAGCGAAUAUGAAACCGCAGACGAUGGUAGUAGCAUUGCCAAUGGAGAUUCCGGAACCAACGAAGACAGCGAAUGCAAUUUGAAUGUAUCGAAAGAUUCGACUGAGAAAGAGGAUGAAGAAACUACGAGGGAGGAGGAGAAUAGAAAUACGGAAAACUCAUCAAAGUUAUUAAAUAGGGAUCAAUUAGUAUCAUUUUUCAAAACAAUUUACAAGGGUGAAACGUAUACCAAAGGCUUUACAACGAUUGGUUUAGUAGGAUAUCCAAAUGUUGGCAAAAGUUCUACUAUUAAUGCUUUGUUAAUGGAUAAAAAGGUAUCUGUGUCUGCGACGCCAGGCAAAACGAAACACUUUCAGACGCUAUUUUUGCAGAAAGAUCUACUUCUUUGCGAUUGCCCUGGUUUAGUAAUGCCAAGUUUCGUUUGUACAAAAGCAGACAUGAUUCUAAACGGCAUAUUACCGAUCGAUCAGAUGCGAGAUCAUGUUCCGCCUAUUACAUUAUUAGGUACUUUGAUACCAAGGCACGUUUUGGAGGACCUUUAUGGCAUUAUGUUACCUCUGCCUCUAGAUGGAGAAGAUCCUGAUCGUCCACCGACUUCGGAAGAAAUUUUAAAUACUUAUGGAUAUAACAGAGGUUUUAUGACACAAAAUGGACAACCAGAUAACCCGCGUUCAGCGCGAUACGUUUUAAAAGAUUUUGUAAACGGUAAACUUUUGUAUUGCGUUGCGCCACCAACAGUAGAGCAAGAAAAGUUUCACACAUUCCCUCCGCGAAGAAGAGCUGUUUCUGUGAACAAACAUGUACCACUUAGGACAAUACGUGCAAAUAAAGGGAGCAGAGUCGGCUCCGAAGACGUAGAUAAAGUGUUUUUUCAAAAUAAUGUCCCGAAUAUACAUACGAAAGGAGUGAUUGGAAAAAUGCACGGUUUGUACCGUCCUGGUUCUAGCGAUAUAGGAUCGGUAGCUGGUUCCACGCAAAGUUUAUUACUUGAAGAGAAACCGUGGAAAAAGAUAAAUAAACAUUCGAAUAAAAAGAAACGUGAAAAAACGAGAAGAUUGUUCGCUCAUCUUGAUCAACAUUAAUUAAU